CCCCAGAAGAUAUGUGCAGUUUCAUCAUCGCCCCUUCUUAUUUUUUACUUCUCCUUCCUCUUGAAAAUAGACCCAAAAAUAAGAGAAAUAGAGAAGAGAGAUGUUCCAUUCACAGUCUCUGCUGUCAAGAAAAGGGCCAUUAGGGAACAUUUGGAUAGCAGCCUACUGUCUUAAAAAGCUCAAGAGGCAACAAAUUGAUGACACUGACAUCAUCUCUUCUAUUGACAAGAUCAUUCCUGAAAUUCAGAUUUCAUAUCGGGUUCUAGCUCAACUUCUUCUGGGUGUUGUUAGAAUAUUUUCGAAGAAAGUCGACUAUCUCUACCACGAUUGUAAUGAGGCUAUCACUAACAUAAGAAGAUCAUUCAUUACUAUACAUAUUACCGCACAAAAUAAAUCAAAUCAUGGACGAAGACACGCUGCAAACAGGAAAGAAAAUAAAGAACCUCAACAUGAUCUACCACUAGCUAGUGAAGUAACUCAUUCACGAGAACAUAAUAUUUCUGCUCCAAAGAAUGGAGCACACGAGGUGCAAAUGGAAGCAAUCUGUGCGCCAUAUCAUGAUGCUACUAUUACUCUACCAGAGUGUUUUGAACUCGAUGCUUUCAAUCUGGAUGCUGCAGAUAAGGGAGAAACUGUGAAACCUCAUGAAAAGCCGGCCAUAUCUGAAGAUGAAUGGACAAACGACAAGAAUAAUCAGCAUUCCUUUCUGCAUGAGUGUAAUCGUAGGGAAGUGGAUAUUCAUGCUGAGUUUAAUUCAGCUUGUUUCUCCCCAGUUGAUGAUGUUAUUCAAUCUAAUAUGAUGGACCUCGAGUUCGCUGAAGUUUGCAAUUCAAGAAAUGAAGAAGUGAGAGGGAUGGUGGCAGAAUCUGAGAUAAAUGGAGGUUUAAAGGCCUGCUCUACUGAUGGCUCUCAUUUACACGAUAAUCACCAAGAACGCCAGGUACAUUCUCCUAAUCUUCAAGGUAAGAUGCAUGUUCAGAAAGAGGUGCAGUUUGAUGAGCCAGAAGAUCGAUGCAGACCAGUUAGUGAUACAACACUAUCAAAUAAAGGAGAACCUCGUGACCCUACUGAGGGGAAUUCAGCGGUUAGAAAUUUGAAUACAUCUCCACUUGUUUCAGGUCUACCUUCACCUCAGUUUGCAGUUACCACUCCAGCUAGAAAGGAAACUCGCCGGAUGUAUAGGAAAAGGAAGAUUCUCUAUGAUGAGACUAUUGUGUUGUCUAAUGGGACUAUGAGGAUGUGGAUACAAGAUGCAAGUGACUUAGUAGGCAAAAGAAGGAAAGUACCACUUACAUCUCUGGAUGCUUGGAGAGCCUACAGGAUCACUUAUCUGCAUCAAAAUUUUACUGAUCCUGUAAUUCCUUAUAUCUCUUCUGAAGACAAUGAUAUCCUCCGAAAGAAAUUGUCUGAUUAUCUGACACAGAAGAAAACAACAGUGUCCUCCAUUGAUGAGAGCAAUUUACAACAUGAAAUAUCCGAUAAAUCUAUGGACCCACAUGAUUUACAACAAGAAAACACUUUCUGUGGUAGUCCCCGUCGAGCAAAUUAUUCUGAGAUCUCUACUCCUGAUAGAUCAGAAGGGAGAAUGAGAGAGUCAUCUCCCAUAGCAAUCCCGUCUUCUGCUUUCGACAUGAUAGACAAGGCGCUAGAAUCUUUUGAAAAAGAAAGUGAUGAACCAGCAGAUGGUGGAUGGUCCGUGAGAGCAAGGGCGGUGGCAAACUAUUUAUACAACAAGUUUCUCUAUCUUAAAGAAAAAAAUAGAAAGGAAAGCUUGAAUUUGGGCAGCAUUUUAGAAGGACAAACAAGAGCUAAAUCUGCUAGAUUCUUUUAUGAAACACUGACCUUGAAGGCUAAGGGUUGCAUAGAUGUUGAGCAAGGUGCACCAUAUGCUGACAUCAUUGUAUCUGCCACUCCUCAACUUGAAUCCCUCUUCAAGAAUCAAUAGCGGAGACGAGGGAGAAAUUUUGGAGACUUUCCUUGUAGAUUAUAGUGAUCUUGUUCAUGACCUUAUAUGUUGUUGGUUGCAUCUCUCUCCUUGUUUUAUGUUUAAUAUAUUGUGAUCAGACUAGAAAACUUUUACAAAGCUAACCAACACAGGUUCCUCUGAGAGCGUC